UCGGAUCCAGCCGUCCAAUAUGUUUACGCUGCACGGGCAUUUAUUUAUAACCAAUUGCUGAGCUUCGCGAUGGCCGCCGCCCAGUUGGAGGAGCACGAUCCACCAGCGGAUCUGCAGCCCGAUCGGAAUCCCAGCAGCGACUGGCGGCUGUGGUGUCGCCUGUGCGCCAGAGAUGACCUGCAGGGCAACAUGAACGUAUUCCUCAAGAACGAGGACUCAGGCGAGGCAUCCUCUUUGGAACUGGCCACCGCCAUUGGCAAGUACUUCUGGGUGAAUAUAACUCGGGGUGAGGAGCUGCCGGAGACGAUCUGCAGUGAGUGCCUGUCGCUGGUCACCUCGCUGGUGAAUUUCUCGGAGCGGAUAACCCGCGUGCAGAAGCUCUACUGCAUCCUACAGAGCUCCUCGGGUCAGGUGAACCUAAAUCUCCAGGAGCUGCGCUCCAAAUUCGGUCUCCUAGACGACGAGACGCUGACGGAGGAGCACUAUGUGGAUAAGAAGCCAAAGCUGGAUGAACAGCUUGCGUUUCUGCCAGAGGAGUCGGCCUUCGAGUUGGAAAAUCCACUCACUCCGGAGGGAAAGCAGGAGGAAGAGGAGCAGGAACCGGCGGAGGAGGAGGAGGAACGAGAAGAUCAGGAUCCAGACUACGAGGCGAAUGAAGAGGCUGUGCUGCUGAACCUGUGCGAUACCUAUGGCAUCCAGGAGGAAAACUCCUCCAGUGGCAGUUUGACCGACUCCUCGCCAAGUCACGAAAAAGCAGGGAAAUCACACGCCGACAAACGCCAUCAGUGCAGCGAGUGUUUGCGAACGUACGCCACGUCCAGAACGCUGCAGCGUCACCUGCGGCAGGAUCAUGGCAAGAUUGAAUCAUCCUCCGAAGAACUGCAAUGUCCGGAUUGCCCCAAGAAGUUCCGCCUGCACUAUCAGUUGGAGCGACAUAUCAAAUGGCAUGUGCCGCUGCCCAAGCGAAAGCAAUAUGCCUGCAAUAAUUGCGACAAAAAGUUCGUCACCAGUGCGUCCGCCCAGCUGCACGAGCAGUAUAUGCAUCUGGAUGAGCGACCGCGGCCAGUGAUUUGCGAGCAAUGCGGCGUGGGCGUGCACUCGAUGAGCGCCCUCAAGGAACACGUGCUGAAGCACACGGACUACGCCCCCUUCGAGUGCGAGGUGUGCAAGAAGUGCUUCAAGUCGGCCAAUCGACUGAAACACCACAAGGAGACUCACGAUCCGCACAAGUACAUUUGCCCGGAGUGCGGCAUGCAGCUGAAUUCGAGAACCACGCUGAAUCGCCACCGACUGGUGCACACGGAUAAGAUGCAGCACAAAUGCGACUAUUGCGGCCGGGAGUUCAAGCGAGCCAAGGCGCUGAAGAAUCACCUUAUUCUGCACACUGGACUUAAGCCGUACUCCUGCGAUUUUUGCGAUCGCACCUUUGCCAAUGGGUCCAACUGCCGCACGCACAAAAAGAAGUCGCAUCCCGAGGAGCUGGCCGCCCAGGAGGCGGCGGGCGGUGGGAAGUCUCAUAAUAGAAAUAUACCCAAGCUGGAAGCACUCAAGGCAUUCACCAAGAACAAGGACAACCUCUCACCGGUGGCCACCAAGCAGAGCGGCUGUUUUGCUUUCGGAAAAAAGCCCAAGCCAUCUUCCCUCAAGGAUACUGUCAGUCCUACUCCAGCUUCAAAUCCUGCUUCCACUCAAGAUGCUCAGCCAGAACCAGCGGCUGAUCCCGCCAGCGAUAACAUAACCCAGCCUGAUCCCCCAGCAUCGACCAUACCCACGAUAGACAAUAUUUAUAACCACAUCAUGAUUGACUAUCGCUGAAGGCGCCUAAUCAUCACAACUAUAAGA